AUGAAAAAGACACUGGGUUAUGAAUUACCUUUGAGAGCCAGAUGGAAACUAGACAGUGGUCCAGUCAGCAAACAAAAGUGUUGAGAAGCAACAUCAAUCAUGGUUUACAGAAAUCUUUUUCUUUUCUGGACAGAUGAUGACACGUUUUCCAAUGUGUUCUGUGAAAACUCUAAGAAACUUAUCAAUGUACAUUUGUUUGCCCUGGCUGCUAAGUAUUAUUCUUUGUCCAGCCUUGGAGUGUGUACCCCAUUAGAAGACCUACUUGAAGCACUGAGAGGAGACAAUCAAGGAACAACAGUUAUCAAAACUGAUGAGUUUAUGAAUAAUAAGAAAUCACAUGAAGUGCAGGUGAUGUCAGAGCUGGUAGACAACAUAGCAAAUUAUUGUGGCAUAAAGCAGGUGAUUGAUAUAGGUUCUGGGAAAGGCUACCUGAGUUCAUUUUUGUCCAUGCAAUAUAACUUAAAAGUUUAUGGAAUUGACUCCUCAAACACCAACACUAAUGGUGCUCAUGAAAGGAACAGAAAAUUGAAGAAACACUGGAGAGCAUAUCAGAGUCGAGGAAGAGCAAACCUUGAAAGUCAGAGGUUGGAAAAGGCAAAUAACAGGCCAGUGGAAAGUGAAAUUCCAUGUAAAGCAAUUGCUGAAGAGCCCUUGAAUAGUGACAGCAAUCUUCAAAGUCAGGACCAAGUGACUAUCCAAGAUUUAGUUCCUUCUUGUGGUUUCACAGAAAUAGCUACAUCUGAAAUCAGCAAGCAAACUGGAGUUGACUUGGUGGCUUGUACACAGUCUGAUGAGAGCAAACUUUCUGAAGAGGUUCCUGAUAUUCUAGAUGUACUGCCUGCUGAUGCUGUAGAAGUUUUUUCUUCAUCUCAGUGUAACUGUGGGGAACUUUGUGAAGAGGAGAAGGUGCAAAGAAGAAUGGCAUCUCUCAAGGCUAAAGCGAACAAGUCAAGUGAAUCAAAUCUGUAUUUUCCAUUGACCUCUUGCAUCACUGCAGAAACAGAACUCAGUGACAUCAUAACAGAUCUGGAGGACUGUAUGAUGGUGGGUCUACAUACAUGUGGUGAUCUUGCUGCAAAUACCCUACGAAUUUUUACUGCCAAGCCUGAAAUAAAAGCAGUUUGCAGUGUAGGCUGCUGCUACCAUCUGUUGUCAGAACAGUUUGAAAACCAAGAAG